AUGCCUACCUCCACGCCACCUUUCGAUCAGCCCUACAUUACUUUAUCGUGCAUGUCGACAUCCGCGUGCCGUGUCAAUGGUCAAUGGGAAGCUGCUUGGUUGCGUUACACGGAACAUAGAGUGGACUUGCGGCACAUUUUUGCACUCCGCACAUUUAGACGCACAUCUCCCGGACGCACGGUGAUUGCACCCGUGCACACUAAGGUAGACUUCGGCUCAAGCGGACCACAACAAAUUGUCUUAACCCACCGUCAUCGCCGACAACUAUCCGAAGUGUCUUGGUGGGAGGAUGGGCAGACGAGGUCUUCGCACGUACUCAUUGUCCGCCAUGAAGCAGCUCCCCAAAUUAUCUAUGGAGUGCUCGUCCUUAUGGUCAUAAAUCCACAAUCACAGACGCAAGUUGCCAUCAAGCAAAUCUGCGUGGCUGGCCCCUCCCUUCGAUGGAGGCCGGAUUGUCUUAGACAUUUCUAG